UACUUUACUACCACAGCCGACUGCUACACACAGACACAAACUCUCCUUUACCUUUCUUUCUUUCAUUGAUCCUUCUUUCUUCUUUUCUUUUUAAUGGCCAUUGAUACCCAUUGCUCCUUCAUUAACCUCUUCUUCUUCUUCUUCUUUUCUAACUCUUAGAAAAAAAAAAAAAAAACAGCGAUAGAAAGGGAAAGAGAGACUGGAAAUAAACACCAAGAAAGAAAAAGUAGCGAAGAAGAUGAUGCAGAAGCGAAGAUGGAAGACCGUGGGUUUGAUGAGGAAGAUGCUAUCAUGCGCCAUAUGCACGAUAGCGAUGAUGGCCCUCCUCUCCGUACACUUACAUGUUUUCCCUCCUUACUCUAAACUCCCUGAUCCUUACAGGCUUCCUCAUCCCCAAAUUGAAAUCAGAGACAAGAUAUUGGGCAAAGAGCAAGAACAGAGCUGGACCAGUGAGAUCACUCCUCCCAAUGUAUACAAAGGCCCUCUCUCAUCCCACCAGUGUUCUGAUCGGAACCCCAACUGUACCAAACUAUGGAAGCCUCCACCAAAUCGCAAUUAUUUGCCUUGUACUCAACCUAGUCCUAACUAUACUUCUCCUUCAGAGUCGAGAGGUUACCUUCUAGCUCAUACAAAUGGAGGGCUCAACCAGAUGCGAGCUGGGAUAUGUGAUAUGGUAGCUAUUGCACAUAUCAUAAAUGCCACUCUUGUUGUUCCAAAACUAGAUAAAAAGUCAUAUUGGCAAGAUUCCAGCAACUUUUCAGAUGUCUUUGAUGAAGAUCAUUUUAUCAAUGCUCUAGCUAAUGAUGUGAAAGUCAUUAAAAAGCUUCCCAAGGAAAUAGGUAGUUCUAUGAAAGCAGUUAAAUAUUUUAAAAGCUGGUCUGGUAUGGACUACUACCAGGAAGAGAUAGCAAGCAUGUGGGCUGAUUAUAAGGUUAUUCGGGCUGCCAAGACUGACUCUCGCCUAGCAAAUAACAAUCUCCCUCCUGAUAUUCAGAAGCUGCGUUGCCGUGCCUGUUAUGAAGCCCUCCGUUUUGCACCUCAAAUUGAAGCAAUGGGAAAGUUGUUGGUGGACCGCAUGAGGUCAUAUGGUCCUUAUAUUUCCCUGCACUUACGAUAUGAGAAGGACAUGCUUGCCUUCAGUGGAUGUACACAUGAUUUGUCUCCUGCUGAAGCAAAUGAACUAAAAAUGAUACGAGACGCAAAUGAUAACUGGAAAGUGAAGGAUAUUGAUCCCAGGGAGCAGAGAUCCAAGGGUUUUUGCCCCUUAACUCCAAAGGAGGCUGCAAUAUUUCUAUCUGCUCUUGGUUACCCAUCAAAUACCCCUAUCUACAUUGCCGCAGGAGAGAUAUAUGGAGGUGAUUCACAUAUGGGUGAUCUACAAUCCCGAUAUCCUAUGUUGAUGCGCAAGGAAACGUUGGCAUCUUUUGAGGAGCUUGAACCAUUUACCAAUCACUUGUCUCAGCUGGCUGCGCUUGACUAUAUUGUAUCUGUUGAAAGUGAUGUAUUCAUGCCGACAUACUCUGGAAACAUGGCAAGGGCAGUCGAAGGUCAUCGUCGCUUUCUUGGACAUAGAAGAACAAUUUCCCCGGACAGGAAAGCACUUGUUCGUCUGUUUGAUAAAAUUGAGCAGGGAAAACUGAAAGAAGGCAAAUAUUUAUCAGACCAUGUCAUUGAAAGCCACAGAAAACGGCAAGGCUCCCCAAGGAAGAGGAAAGGCCCCAUUUCUGGAACAAAGGGCACAGAUAGGUUUCGUUCAGAAGAAGCUUUUUAUGUAAAUCCUUUACCAGAUUGUUUAUGUCAGGGGCAAUCCCAGAAUCUGAACACCUCUAUCAUAACAAGUUAGUUUAGAUGCUGAAGAACAAUUCUCUUCAAGAUCCAAGUGCGGGAGGAUAGUGGCAAAUUUAAUCAUUCACUAUCCAUUGAUAGUACAAGCCGGCUGUGCCAGAAUCAGUGUUAGGUAUGCGGAUUGUGUAUAUCUCGAGUUUAGGUGGGUGGAGGCAUGCAUGAAGAUACAAAGCAAAUGGACGCUGCUGCUAUUCGGUGCCAGUGCAGGCACAGAUUAUGUUGGGAAGAGAAGGGGCCUUUCAUUCCAUCAACCAAAAGCAAUUUUCAUUUUUCAAGAGGACAAUUUAAAUAGUCAGAUUAGAAGGAAGUUAGGGAUACGAUUAUCAUUGGAUCUCUAUAGUAACAUCCUUUUCUUCGAUGCAUGUAUUCGAUUCAUCGUCAUUCAAUGCAAUAAAAGUGAAAACAAUUACUAUCU